CAGGAAGUGGGCUGGCCCUGGGGUUUAGUCUUUGCUGGCCCCAUCAGCCGGCUGCUACCUGGGCCGCCAGUGCCGGGGCAGGGCCCUGGGGAGAUGGCUGAGGUCCCAGCAGCCGACAGAACCAGAGAGAGCACGCCGCAGCCCCAUGUCUCAGCCAGGGCUCCCUUCUCCAGCUCCCACCCGUGGAUGUGAUGGCGGCUCCUGCUCUGUCCUGGUGUCUGUCCCUCCUUGUCCUCCUCCUGCCCCUGGCCAUCCCUCAGGCAUCCACAGUGGUGAACGGCGAGGGUGCCAGGAGCAGGGGUGAGGGCUGGGGGCGCCCUGCAGCCAGCCACUCAUGCCCCGUCCCACCGGCAGACACCUCCAAACUCACAUGCUUCUACAACUCGAAAGCCAACAUCUCCUGCGUCUGGAGCCGGGAUGAUGGCCUGCAGGCCGCGUCCUGCCACGUCCACGCCAAGUCGGAUAAACGGACGUGGGAAAAAUCCUGUGAGCUGCUCCCAGUGAGGUCGGCAACCUGGGCCUGUAACCUGAUCCUCGGAGCCCCCAAGGCUCAGAAGCUGACCUCCGCGGACACCGUCACCCUGAGCGUGAGGUGCUAUGAGGGGGAGAAUAGGAGCACGGUGCUGACCCAGGACUUUAAGCCCUUCGAGAACCUUCGCCUGAUGGCCCCCGACUCCUUCCACGUUGUCCACGUGGAGACCCACAGAUGCAACAUAAGCUGGAGCGUCUCUCAGUGUUCCCACUACAUUGAGAAAUACCUGGAGUUCGAGGCCCGGAUGAGGUCCCCGGGCCACAGCUGGGAGGAGGCCGCCCUGCUGACCCUCCAUCAGAACCAGCAGUGGAUCUGCCUGGAGACACUGGCUCCAGACACCCCGUAUGAGCUUCAGGUGCGAGUGAGGCCCCAGCUGGACAAUCUCGAGGCUUGGAGCCCCUGGAGCCCCUGGAGCCAGCCCCUGGCCUUCAGGACCAGGCCUGCAGCCCCCGAGAAGGAGACCCUGCCCGUUUCUUGGUGGGGCCACACCCUCGUGGGCCUCACUGGCGGCAGCUUAGGCUUCAUCUUCUUGGUCUACCUGCUGGUCAACUGCCGGUACAUCGGGCUGUGGCUGAAGAAGGUCCUGAAGUGCCACAUCCCAGACCCCUCGGAGUUCUUUUCGCAGCUGAGCUCAGAGCACGGAGGAGACUUCCAGAAGUGGCUCUCCUCGCCUUUCCCCUCAUCCUCCUUUAGCUCCAGCGGCCCAGCGCCCGAGAUCUCCCCGCUGGAGGUGCUGGACAAGGACGCCAAGGCCACUCAGCUGCUCCUGCUGCAGCAGGACAAGGCGCCCUCGCCCCCGCGGGAGACCAGCGGCCACUCGCUGACCAGCUGCUUCACCAACCAGGGCUACUUCUUUUUCCACCUCCCGGAUGCACUGGAGAUCGAGGCCUGCCAGGUGUACUUCACCUACGACCCCUACGCAGAGGAGCUCGACGAGGGUGGGCCCGGGGCACCCGAAGGGUCUCCCCUCCCAGCCCUGCUGCCUCUGCCGGGGGAGGACGACGCCUACUGCACCUUCCCCCCCGGGGAGGAUGUGCUGCUCUUCUCCCCUGGUCUCCUGGGGGGCCCAAGCCCCCCGAACCCCGCCUCAGGGGGCACCAGGGCCAGUGAGGAGAAGCUGCCCCGCUCCCCGCAGGAGGAGGUGGCUGGAGACUGGGCCCCGAAGCCCCUGGGGCGUCCCCCAGCAGGAGCCCCUGGCCUGGCAGAUCGCCAGCCUCCCCCGGGGCAGCCGCUGGGAGAAGCAGGAGAGGAGGUCCCUGCCCCCCGCCCCGUGCAGGGGGCCGGCUUCCCCUGGGCCAGCCCUCCCGGGCACGGCCAGGUCAGGGCCCCCGCCUCCUGCCUGACCCUGAACACGGACGCCUACCUCUCCCUCCAAGAGCUCCAGAAUCAGGACCCAGCUCACUCGGUGUAGACAGACGGCCAGCGGUGGGAGGCAGGUGGCUGCCCACUGUGGCACCAGGCCUAGUGGAGGACCCUGUGUCCUUGGGGCUUGUCCACUGCUGAGACACUCAGUGUCCGGCUGCCCCUGACAUCUCCACCCAGAAGGCCCCGCCCAGCCCUGCACACUCUGCCCUUUACUUCCAACCUCGAUUGCCGCUCCCUGGUCCUACUGCCCCUGCCCGGCACUGUGGGGGAGGGGCGUUGGACUCCCCUGCCCCCUCGGCAGUCAUGGAGCACCCGGGUUUGCCGCCGAAGCGUCCCUCCUCUCCAGCCCUGCAGCUACUCUUCAGGGAGAGUUCUCGUGGCUCUCCAGGGGUCAUCGCCCAGCUGCCUCACUGGGCUUCCUGCCCCAGGCUCCCCGCCUCCCUCUCACCCCCCACAGGGCAGGCAGAGGGCUCUUUCCAAACCACGGAUAUGGUUAUGCUGCCCCUUGUUCUAAACCAGCACCACACCUUGGCCUGGCCCUUGCCCCUCCAGCAUCAUGUUGGGACAUUCCCUUGGGGAAUCCUCCCAACGGUCCUACUGAGCCACUUGGAGCUCCCUCAAGCCCCCGGAGCCUUGCACAUACUGUUCCCUGUGCCUGGGGGCCCUCUCCUCCCUCAUCUAGGUGACAGUGUCACCUUCGUGUCCUUCAUGUGUCAGUUCUGCUUCCACUGGAGGGGAACAUUGCCUCCUUUCAUGUGCUCCAACUUCAAGAUUCAGAGCUGGAGGGGCAAGCUCUCAGGGUCACAGAAGGGCUGGACAAAGCGGCCCUGUCCCCUCACCCCUGGGCUCUCUCAGGACCUCGGAUGCUUGGCUACUGCAUCCUUAACGCUGUGGCCCAAGUAUGGACUCAAAUCCCCCAGCAGAGUGGACGCUGGCUGGAUCUUUCCAUAGUGGCUUCACAGACCCAUAGGGCAUGCUGCUGCAAAGUACACACCUCCUGAUGCUGCCACAGGGAGCGCACUCCUGGAUCCCCGCCCCUCUGCAACCCUCUCCACCUCUCACUGGAGAGGUUUCUUCCGAACACCAGCUCCAGAAGAGCAGCUCCAUUCACUGAACUUGACACAGUGCCCUCGGCACCCACCUAUUCCCUGGAUGAAUUAAUGAACUAUCUGGCACCACCCGGCCUGGGCUCCCUUGUGCCCAAAUGCUUUCACACAGGGAGCACCAUCCACCUGGCAGGAGCACCCCUGGGGGCUUGAUCCUUGUGAGGUUAAGACUCAGAGAGGCAGAGCCCCAUGCCCACUGUGUUCCAGCAUGCUGCUCCAGAAAGAGGCUUCUCCCCUCCCAUGGCAGCCCUCCCCUCCCAUACAGCUGGCCCCUUCCUUCUCAGUGCUCCCCACCACCCCUCCACUUCCUUUCCUUGUAUCCCUGGCACUGAUCACACUUGUGAUGUCUGUCACAACCUUCUUCCUUGACUAAGUCUCCGGAAGACAGGGACACCAUCCCACCUAACUCUGAGCCCUGAGAGCACCUGGCUGCACUUAUAGGCCCUGCUUGCUGCUGAUUGGGUGCCUGAGGCAAGCAGCCUAUGAGGUGGCAUAAAACAGAAGCUCUGUCCAAUCAGGGAGGCCGGGCCUGAGCUGGCCAAUCAGAUUUCUCUCAGUCUUGGGCCUUUGAACUCAGGGAGGGAGGGAGGUCCCUGGGAGCAGUUGCACAUGGAGUAGGCACCGGGAAAGGCUAGAGAGGAGCAGAGCCAUGUAAGCAGAGGGCUCAGGACUCCCCAGACAGAGUCCUGCUCCCAAGGGGGCUACUGGCCCUUCGCUCAGCAUUCCUGUUUCCCUUAUAUCCAAAAUAAACUUUCCUGAGCUUGUCUGAGUCUUGAA